AUGAGAGCCCAUGGGACCGAGGCCAGUCUCCUGUGCGCCAGGUUGAUAGCCGCCCUGUUGAUGACAGCCGAUGUGAUUGCAGGUUACGAUCUGGAUUUGAGCUCAAUAGACUCGCUCAAGCAUGCCGCCAGGUUCAUGGCCCAGGACAUGAUGUCAUUCUACUCUGGAAACCAACCAGGAGGAAUUCCAGGCCUAUUGCCUCAGCCAUAUUACUGGUGGGAAGCGGGCGCUUUGAUGGGUUCGCUCAUUGACUACUGGUACUAUACCGGCGACACGCAAUGGAAUGACCUCAUUCAGCAGGGACUGCUUUUCCAGGCCGGCCCAAACAGUGACUACAUGCCGCCCAACCAAACCAUGACAGAAGGUAACGAUGAUCAAGGGUUUUGGGGAAUGACGGUCAUGUCAGCAGCCGAGUCCAAAUUCCAGGAUCCACCGAGCGACAAGCCGCAAUGGCUGGCUCUGGCACAGGCCGUCUUCAACACGCAAGCUGCCCGGUGGGACACCCAGAAAUGUGGCGGGGGACUCCGCUGGCAGAUCUUCACCUGGAACCAGGGCUACGACUACAAGAACUCCAUUUCCCAAGCAUGUUUCUUCAACAUUGCCGCCCGCCUCGCUCGGUACACGGGCAAUCAGUCAUAUGCGGACUGGGCCGAUAAGACGUGGGAUUGGAUGGUUUCGUCCAAGUUCAUGGAUACGCAGACUUACUACAUUUACGAUGGGGCACAUACAAGAAACUGCUCCGAGAUCACUCCUUACCAAUGGACGUAUAACAGCGGUGCCUUCCUCCUAGGCGCCGCAGCCAUGUACAACUAUACCACGGGAAACACAAGAGAAGUCUGGCGAAGCCGAGUCGAUGGCCUAAUCAACGGUCUUGGUGUCUUCUUUACAGGCCCGCAACGUAAUAUCAUGACAGAAGUCGCCUGUGAGCCUGUCAACCUGUGCGAUCUUGACCAGCAGAGCUUCAAGGCAUACCUUUCGCGCGCCAUGGCCGCCACGACAAAGUGGGCGCCAUGGACGUAUCAUCGCAUCAAGCCUCUUCUAAAAUCCACAGCUAUAGCUGCCACAUCCACGUGCAUCGGCGGCGGCAACGGUCGUAUGUGCGGACUCAAGUGGACGGAACACGGCAAAUGGGACGGCACAACGGGGGUUGGCCAGCAGAUGGCUGCGAUGGAGCUUGUCCUGGCCAACAUGAUCGAGCAGGUCGCCGCUCCCGUUACUAACCAUACGGGCGGCACGAGCGCGGGAGACCCAGGAGCCGGCGGCGGGGAUGUUGGUAAGACGGAUCCGUUUAGCAUUGCGGUUCCUUAUUCGCCGCUUAGCACUGCCGACCGAGUCGGUGCAUGGAUCAUCACCGCCGUUAUCAUCUUGGGGCUGGUCUGUGGAUGCGUCAUGCUAGUUCUGGACGAAAAGAGUGAUUUGACGACAUGGCAAAGGCUUUCAACUCUCCAUCCGGACGUUUUCUACGCCUGUGGCAAAAACUGGCGGCCUGGGCAUAUAGAGACCGUCCGCGGCGGGUAUGGAAUCGAAAUUGAGGGUCAUUAUGAUCGCAACCGACCGCGCUUCGACAUCGAUGACACCUGUGCUUUCCAAGGCGAUUGCUACGAUGGUGUUUGUGGACAUAUUGCCGAUAUCAAGGAGAAGGACACGGUGAUCGAAAUUCACAAGGAUUACGCCGACAACAGACAUAGCUGGCACGGGGUUCCCCCGCCCCCACCACCGUCCCAAUCUUCAGCUCGUCAUUCGUCUACUCUCUGCGCCGGAAGCAGAAGUGAAAGCAGCGGAAGUGGCAUUGGAGAUAAAAGAAUGCCUCCGGCCAACAAGAGCAUUAUCUCCAACCGCCUCAACCAUCUGAACCACCGCCACAGCGUGCUCCAAAAACUGCAAACACAGCAACAUCAGCAUCAACAGCAGCUGCUGCAUGAGAACAGCAGCCACAUGCAUGUGCAAGUUCCGCAUACCCCUCUUCACCACCACGAUUACCACAACCACUGCUUCCAUAGUCACAUUGAUAAAACCCCUUACAGCGCCUGGCGUAGUCGCCACAACCAUCCCAGCACCCAGCCGUCUUACUACUGGGACCUAGACAACACCAACGGCAUCGAUCCCGCACGGCACGUGUCGCAACUCUCGGGGAUGUCUGCGCUCCCUGGACGUGUGUCGGGCUUGGUACCUGAUAGUGCGACUGGGUCUACCCCGAAUCCCAAGCGUCAACUUGAUCACAGCAGGUCAGAGGAAACAACUGGCAUCGGCGUACCGGCUGAGUUCAGAGCUCGGAGUAGCCAUGACCAUCGCCGUGAAGAGCGGGGAGAGGGGCUGACUGCCGGGAAUGGAACCAUUAAUGGAAACGCCGCUAUCGGUGACAGGAUCAAGAACUGGAGGUUGGCGGAUAAGGAGAGGAGAGAGGCGAGGAAUAAUAGGGACGGUGGGAAUCAGUUUGCGUGGGAUAGUAGUGAGAGUGUUUAUUGGGGUAGUUAA